AUCCCCGCGACUGCAGCAGCGCCGGCUCCCUCCCGGUCCCCACCUCGGCCCCGGGCUCUUAAACGGCUCCGGGGCGCCCUUUCAGUCAACGUCGUAGUCUGCCCCCUCCCCAGCCCCAGGCCCCGGGAGGCAGGCUCGCCAGCGCCCAGCCCGGGAGCCGGCCGGGAAGCGCUAUGGGGGCCCCUGCAGCCCUGCUCCUGCUCCUGCUGGGCGCCUGCCGCUGGGCGCCCGGAGGGGCCAACCUCUCCCAGGACGGCUACUGGCAGGAGCAAGAUGUGGAGCUGGGAACUCUGGCUCCACUCGACGAGGCCAUCAGCUCCACAGUCUGGAGCAGCCCUGACAUGCUGGCCAGUCAAGACAGUCAGCCCUGGACGUCUGAUGAAACGGUGGUGGCUGGUGGCACUGUGGUGCUCAAGUGCCAAGUGAAAGAUCAUGAGGACUCAUCCCUGCAGUGGUCUAACCCUGCCCAGCAGACUCUCUACUUUGGGGAGAAGAGAGCCCUUCGAGAUAAUCGGAUUCAGCUGGUCAGCUCUACGCCCCACGAGCUCAGCAUCAGCAUCAGCAACGUGGCCCUGGCGGACGAAGGCGAGUACACCUGCUCCAUCUUCACUAUGCCUGUGAGAACCGCCAAGUCCCUCGUCACUGUGCUCGGAAUCCCACAGAAGCCCAUAAUCACGGGUUACAAAUCAUCCUUACGAGAAAAGGACACAGCCACCCUAAACUGUCACUCUUCUGGGAGCAAACCUGCAGCCCAGCUCACCUGGAAAAAGGGUGACCAAGAACUUCAUGGAGAACCAACUCGGAUACAGGAAGAUCCCAAUGGUAAAACUUUCACCGUGAGCAGCUCAGUGACGUUCCAGGUUACCCGGGAGGAUGAUGGGGCGAACAUCGUGUGCUCUGUGAAUCAUGAGUCUCUAAAGGGAGCUGUCAGAUCCACCUCUCAACACAUUGAAGUUUUAUACACACCGACUGCAAUGAUUAGACCAGACCCUCCGCAUCCCCGUGAGGGCCAGAAGCUGUUGCUACACUGUGAGGGGCGUGGCAAUCCAGUCCCCCAGAAGUACCUGUGGGAGAAGGAGGGCAGUGUGCCGCCCCUGAAGAUGGCCCAGGAGAGCGCCCUGAUCUUCCCCUUCCUCAACAAGAGUGACAGCGGCACCUACGGCUGCACGGCCAUCAGCAACAUGGGCAGCUACAAGGCCUACUACACCCUCAAUGUUAACGACCCCAGCCCCGUGCCCUCCUCUUCCAGCACCUACCAUGCUAUCAUCGGGGGAGUUGUGGCUUUCAUUGUCUUCCUGCUGCUCAUCCUGCUCAUCUUCCUCGGCCACUACUUGAUCCGGCACAAAGGAACCUACCUGACACAUGAGGCGAAAGGCUCUGACGAUGCCCCAGACGCGGACACGGCCAUCAUCAACGCAGAAGGCGGGCAGUCAGGCGGGGAUGACAAGAAGGAGUACUUCAUCUAGGGGCGCCUGCCCACCUCCGGCGCCCCUCAGGGGCCACAUGGGGACUGCUGGGGCCGUCACCAACCCGGACUUGUACAGAGCGACCCCAGGGCCGCCCCACCCGCUUGCUCCCCAGCCCACCCACCCCCCUGUACAGAAUGUCUGCUUUGGGUGCGGUUUUGUACUCGGUUUGGAAUGGGGAGGGAGGAGGGCGGGGGGGAGGGGAGGGUUGCCCUCAGCCCUUUCCGUGGCUUCUCUGCGUUUGGGUUAUUAUUAUUAUUAUUUUUGUAACAAUCCCAAAUCAAAUCUGUCUCCAAGCUGGAGAGGUGGGGGCCCUAGGGUGAGGAGAGCAAAAAACUGGAGUUCGGGAGUGUUAGGAGGAGAAUGAUGGUGGAGGGGCAGGGAGAGGGUAAGGCUGCUCGGGGUGGGGGGGCUCUCACCCACCCUCCCUCCAUCCUCCACAGCAGAGCAGCUUCCCAGGCUUCCCCAGAAUCCCAGGAGUGGGAGGGUUGUGAGCAAGGGCUCGGGGUGGCCAGCGACACACCAAGAGCCAUGGACAGGGAGGUGGGUACCACCCUGACACCUUCUUCCAUUGCUGAGAAGAGGGUGAAUGGGAAGUCCCAGGGUUUCAGCCUGGAAAGGACAUGGGUCCCUGCAAGAAAGGGUACAUUUAGAAAGAAAGGGUGGCAGAGAUGGGUCAUCCCUCCAUUGCCCCCAAAAUGAACGAUUCCAGGCCCUUUCCAUGGGAACCACCCUUGGGGGACACAGAAUAGGGCUGUCCCUCCUUGUUCUCGUAGCCACAGGAGAAGUGCUGCUCUGGGGCCUGGACUGUGUCUGCUGCCCCCUCCAGGGGGCCCCUCACUCUCACCCAAGACCCUGGAUGGUUGCACAGCAACCUCUCCUCUGUGGCAUUGCUCAGCAACUGCUCCGCCCUUCUUGGCUGCUCUGUGCUCCUUCCUGAUCCCCACGCCAGCCCUCAGCCCUUCCGCCCUCAGCAGCCAGGCAGACUUAACAACAAAAAUACUAAAAGGAGCUUCACUGCACUGAGCUGUUUCCUGCCCAGCUAAGGGAAUGAUGUGAAUCUGUGCGUGUGCAUGCAUGUGUGUGUGUGCGUGUGUGCAUGUGUGUGUGCCUAUGUGUGUGAGUGAAUGUGAGGCAGAGGGAGGGAUUGAGGAGGAGGGCCAAGGGCCAGGGGUCCUGGGCAAGUGGCAAGGAUGUGGGACGUGUGAAGGAGGCCUCACAUGUGGGGGACUCCUGGCCAGUGUUUGUACCUUCCCUGGGAGGGUGCUCCAACCUGGGACUGUUCGUACCUCCCCCAGUGCCCAUCAGUCUUAGAGAAAGGAGUCCCAUCAUGUGUUUGCCCAGCUGUCCUUUCUGUCUCAGCCCCUCCCUGGCUUCCCUUGUCCCAAGCCAUAAAGUCAGUGGCACCGCCUUUGCUAUGCAUCCCUCGGGCCUCUCCCUGGCCCUGACCCUGCACAACCCACAACCUGCCAUCACUUCUUUUCCCCAGAGCCUGCACCCAGUGAGUUGAGGGCUGUGUCCCCAAUUUUUCUUUUGCUUUCCUGUCUUCCUUCCAUGGCUCCCAGCUGGUUGCCAUGGAGAUCAGGUUGUUGGCCCUCCCUGUCCUGGCCAGACUGCCCCACCUCAGACCCAGGAUGCCCUUGGCAUCACUCCCACCCUUUGCCAGCAUGUCCUCCCUGCUCUGACAACAGGCGUGCGUAACAGGGCAGCUGCAAUCCAGCAGGCCUGCCCACCCCCUUCAGUUCAGGUAAUGCCCUUGUGAACCUUCCAGCCACUGGUUGGGCCCUGGGCACCACAGGCAGCCCCUCACCUAAGCCAGGGCCCCCUCCUCUUACAGCAGCAAGGGAGCCUGGGGCCCCAGGCCUGGUGGGCUCCUUAUCUCCCAGCACCCGCUUUUGGGAAAUGACUUUUCCUCUUCGAGCUGAACCACUCUGUCCAUAUUACACAGAAGCCAUAUUUGUACGGGGGGCGGGGGGAAUAGGGGCCUUGUGCUGUGUGCGUCUGUCCGGGGGCGGGGGGUGGGAAAAGGGAGCAGGGAGGGGACCGUGUAUCUUUAUAAUCUUUCUAACUCUCCUGUGCUAAUCUCAGAGGGGCCACCCUCAAUAUAUCUGGAUUAUCCGUGUC